CAGCUUUCUCACCCCAUUCCCGGCCGACUAUACUGUCAAUUACUUCAAUUUUCCUCCUCGAACAUCUUAAACCUUAUUCCAUCAUUUUCCCUCUAUUUUGAGGUUUAACCAUCAAGAUGGGGUCUGCAAUUCCCCCAAAUCCAAGUCGCAUUGCGAUACUAGGAAAAGAGAAUAUCAUUGUCGACUUUGAUCUAUGGCGGAACUUCGUUGCCGAUGACCUGCUUUCCAACAUCCCUUCCUCGACAUAUGUCCUCAUUACCGAUACGAACCUCUACCCCCUUUACGUGCCCACGUUCGAACAAUCCUUCAAUGCACUUGCUUCUAAGUUAGCUACGAAGCCUCGCCUGCUCACCUAUACCAUACCUCCAGGCGAGAGCUCCAAAGGGAGAGAAACAAAAGCAGAAAUUGAAGACUGGAUGCUCUCAAAACAAUGUACGCGAGACACUGUAAUCGUGGCAUGCGGCGGUGGAGUCAUUGGGGAUAUGAUUGGUUACGUUGCUGCCACUUUCAUGAGAGGCGUGCGCUUCGUUCAAGUACCUACUACACUCUUGGCCGCGUGUGACAGCUCAAUAGGCGGGAAGACAGCGAUUGACACCCCCUUGGGAAAGAAUCUCAUUGGUGCUUUUUGGCAGCCGGAAAGAAUCUAUAUUGACUUACGGUUCUUCGAGACCCUCCCAGUCCGCGAAUUCAUCAACGGGAUGGCAGAAGUGGUCAAGACCGCAGCAAUAUGGGAUGAGGAAGAGUUUGCUGCCUUGGAGGACAAUGCAAGUCUGAUUAUGGCAACAAUUCGAGCAAAGCCCAAGGAUUCGUCCACCAGACUUGAUCCAAUCCGAGAUAUUCUGAAGAGAAUCGUACUGGGAUCCGCGAAAGUCAAGGCCCAUGUUGUGUCAGCCGAUGAAAGAGAAGGUGGCUUGAGGAACCUUCUCAAUUUUGGACAUUCAAUAGGACACGCAUAUGAAGCUAUUCUUACACCCCAGGUGUUACAUGGCGAGGCUGUUGCUAUUGGUAUGGUCAAAGAAGCAGAAUUAGCUCGCCACCUCGGUGUGCUAAAACCGGGUGCUGUAGCUCGUCUUGUCAAGUGCAUAUCUAGCUACGGUCUACCGACAUCUCUGCAAGAUAGAAAUAUCCAGAAGCUUACUGCAGGAAAGCUAUGUCCCGUUGAUACCCUGCUUGAAAAGAUGGGCGUUGACAAGAAGAACGAUGGCAAGAAGAAGAAGAUUGUCCUCCUCUCUGCUAUUGGCAAAACUUUCGAGCCCAAGGCCAGCGUUGUCGAAGAUCGCGCUAUUAGAGUUGUGCUUUCUGACUCCAUCAUUGUCUCCCCUGGAGUACCAAAGAGUCUGAAGGUGGAGGUAGCCCCGCCUGGGUCUAAGAGUGUAUCAAACCGGGCCUUGGUUUUAGCUGCGCUUGGAACAGGACCGUGCCGCAUCAAGAACUUGCUUCACUCGGAUGACACCGAAUUCAUGCUUACCGCUAUUGGGAAGCUUGGGGGUGCAACUUAUAGUUGGGAAGAUGCUGGAGAGGUUCUGGUCGUUCAAGGUAAGGGAGGCGACCUGAGAGCUAGUCCUUCUGAGCUCUACAUCGGCAACGCGGGGACAGCAUCGAGAUUCUUGACUACGGUCGUCUCUUUGUGCAAACCUUCCUCGGUUUCGUCGACCAUCCUCACUGGAAAUGCUCGCAUGAAAGUUAGACCCAUCGGCCCUCUGGUCGACUCUCUACGAGCGAACGGAGUUGCCAUCAAGUAUCUCGAGAAGGAACACAGUCUUCCCCUUGAUGUUCCCGCUUCUGGUGGCUUUAUAGGAGGUGAGAUCAAGUUGGCUGCGACAGUCUCUUCUCAGUAUGUGUCGUCACUUCUGAUGUGUGCACCGUAUGCCAAGAGACCAGUCACACUCCGCCUAGUGGGAGGUAAGCCGAUAUCACAACCCUACAUCGAUAUGACUACUGCCAUGAUGGCUUCGUUUGGUAUUCAAGUCGUGCGCUCAGAGACAGAAGAACACACCUAUCACAUCCCACAAGGCAUUUACCAAAAUCCACCUGAGUAUACUGUGGAGAGCGAUGCAAGUUCUGCAACUUAUCCUCUUGCUGUCGCAGCUAUCUCUGGCACAACUUGCACGAUUCCAAAUAUUGGUUCCAAAUCAUUGCAAGGAGAUGCACGCUUUGCUAUUGAAGUGCUUCGUCCCAUGGGUUGCACAGUGGUUCAAAGUGAUUACUCUACCACUGUGACGGGGCCUGCACCUGGGCAACUGAAGGCAAUUGAAGAGGUCGACAUGGAGCCAAUGACUGAUGCUUUCCUGACCGCAUCUGUUCUUGCUGCUGUAGCUAAAGGAACAACCAGAAUUCGAGGCAUCGCCAACCAAAGAGUCAAAGAAUGUAAUCGCAUAGCUGCAAUGAAGGAUCAGCUUGCCAAAUUCGGCGUCACUUGCAGGGAGCUUGAAGAUGGAAUUGAGAUAGAUGGUAUACCCCACACUUCACUUUCGGAUCCAGCAGAUGGUGUCUACUGCUACGAUGAUCAUCGUGUUGCCAUGAGCUUCAGCGUUCUAGCCGUUGCAGCCUCCAAACCAGUCUUGAUCACUGAACGAGAGUGUGUCGGAAAGACUUGGCCUGGAUGGUGGGACAUCUUGUCGUUAUCCUUUAACAUUAACUUGGCCGGCAAGGAGUCGACCUAUCGCAAGCCACCAAGCACAACUGCUUUGUCGUCUAAGUCUAUAUUCAUCAUCGGAAUGCGUGGCGCCGGCAAGACUACGGCUGGUGCCUGGGCUUCCAAAAUCUUGAACAGACCACAAAUAGAUCUUGAUGUUGAGCUGGAGCGCGUGGUUGGCAUGACUAUACCCCAGCUCAUCAAAGCAAAAGGUUGGGAGGGAUUCAGAGAUGCCGAGUUAGCCCUUCUGAAGCAAGUGAUCACCGAAAAGCCAAAAGGCUGGAUUUUCGCCUGUGGCGGCGGUGUGGUAGAAAUCGAGGAAGCACGCCGAUUACUUUUCAACCACCACAAGAACGGUGGUAUCGUGCUUCUUGUUCAUCGAGAUACGGAGCAGGUCAUGGAAUAUCUGCAAAUCGACAAGACUCGACCAGCCUAUGUCGAGGACAUGAUGGGAGUGUAUCUUCGCCGCAAGCCCUGGUUUCAAGAAUGCAGCAACUUCCAAUAUCAUAGCAAGAGUGGAGAAAGUGGUGCUUUAUCUUUAGCUCGAGAAGACUUCGCUAGGUUCCUGUCACUUAUCUCGGGAGAUAGUGCUCAUUUCGAUGAGAUUCGAGCAAAGAAGCACUCCUUUUUCGUCUCUCUGACAAUGCCAAACAUAUCAGAUGCUGCUGAGUUACUACCAAUUGUCACUGUUGGUUCCGAUGCAGUUGAAGUACGGGUAGACUUGCUUGAGGAUCCCAAUUCCGAAAAUGGCAUUCCUACUGUGGAAUUCUUGAGUGUGCAAAUUGCGCAUCUGAGAUCUAUUGUAGCUUUGCCAUUGAUCUUCACAGUGCGUACAGUCAGUCAGGGUGGCCGCUUUCCAGAUAAUGCUCAAGAAGAAGCGCUGAAGCUUUACAAAGCUGCAGUGAGGAUGGGUAUGGAAUACAUCGAUCUAGAAAUUGCGUUCCCCGACGAGUUACUUCUGAGUGUCACGGAGGCAAAAGGAUUCUCGAAAAUCAUUGCUUCGCACCACGAUCCCCGCGGACAACUGUCGUGGAAAAAUGGUGGCUGGGUUCAGUACUACAACAGAGCUCUCCAGUACGGAGAUGUGAUCAAACUUGUCGGCUCUGCAAAGAAAAUGGAGGACAACUUCGACCUUGCGAAAUUCAAAUCGACCAUGGUAGCAGCGCAUGAUGUCCCUAUGAUUGCAAUCAACAUGGGUACUCUCGGGAAGUUGAGCAGGAUUCUCAAUGGGUUUAUGACUCCUGUCUCCCAUCCAGCUUUGCCAUUCAAAGCUGCUCCCGGUCAGCUUUCUGCGGCUGAAAUUCGACAAGGUUUAUCACUGCUGGGUGAGAUUGAGCCCAAGUUAUUCUACCUCUUCGGGAAGCCCAUCUCAGCUUCAAGAUCACCUGCCCUGCACAAUACCUUGUUCGCCCAGAGCGGUCUUCCUCACGAAUACUCUCGCUUUCAAACUGAUGUUGCCACUGAUGUGGUAGAAAUCAUUCGCUCUCCGGAGUUUGGUGGUGCUUCAGUCACAAUCCCCCUAAAGCUCGACAUAAUUCCUCUUCUGGACGACAUCACCGAUGCAGCAAAAUGCAUCGGGGCCGUCAACACCAUUGUUCCCGUUGUUGGUGAACCAGGUCGUCGCCCACGUCUCAUCGGCGAAAACACGGAUUGGCUCGGAAUGACUCACUCUCUCAACUCCGCUGCCUACACAACCGUCUCUUCCGGAUCUCCAGGAAGCGGCCUCGUCAUCGGAGGCGGCGGUACAGCCAGAGCGGCAAUCUAUGCUUUACAAUCUCUCGGCCAUAGCCCAAUUUACAUCGUGUCUCGCACGCCAUCAAAACUCAGCGUCAUGAUCGCGACCUUCCCCGCCGAAUUCAACAUCCUAUCCUUGACGCAGGUAGAAGCUGCCGAGAAGAUUGAAGAUGUUCCACGUGUGGCUAUCGGUACCAUUCCAGCUGACAAGCCUAUCGAGCAGAACAUGCGAGAAGUUCUAGCUGCUCUACUGAGACAUCCUAAAGCCGAUACGAGCCAGCAGAGAACAUUGCUGGAGAUGGCUUACAAGCCGAGUCAAACAGCAUUAAUGCAAAUGGCCAAGGACGCUGGCUGGGUGACUGUACCUGGUUUGGAGGUUCUUAGUGCUCAGGGUUGGUACCAGGUAAGCCUUUUCGCCACAAUUGAUUCUCCUAGUGACUAACCUGUCUAAUAGUUCCAGAAGUGGACUCAGAUCAAGCCGUUGUAUAACGAUGCCAGGGCUGCUGUAAUGGGUGAUGGUGUUUAGAUGUCGUGGUAUCCUUGGAUAGAUGGCGUUGGUUGUCUCAAGGGUCCCAAAAUUCAACAUAUGAUAAAUGUGAUAGAUGGAAAAGCCAUUGUUCACGCCACAUGUCUGUAAUCAAAAGCUGUCAUGUACCAAUUGACUACAACUGCCUGGAAAGACCUUUUCGCAUGACUUGUGGAUGUCUUGUUCUGAUCUGAUCGUCCGAGAAGAUCUCGAUGUAGAGAAACUUUCUAAAUACUCGCCUCAAUUCAGCAGAUAUGAACCAAAAGGAGAGAUUUUUUAGACUUGCUGUUUUACUGCUAUGAGCUUGAAUAACAU